GUCUGUGCUGCGCUGUAGAUGCGACAACUGUACCGGCUCGGGAGGGGCGAUGGAGGAGCUGACAGCGUAAUGAAUGGGCACACUCAAUUCAGGACAGCAUAACAACAACAUCUUUGAUUCGAGGUGUCGAGGGCCAUGAGCAGAAUACUGAAGAGGAAGUUCGAGGAGGUGGAGGCGUGCUCCUCUCCCUGCUCCUUGCUGCAGGAGGCAGUGGAGGCGUGCUCCUCUCCCUGCUCCUCGCUGCAGGAGGCAGUGGAGGCGUGCUCCUCUCCCUGCUCCUCGCUGCAGGAGGUGGGCCACGAGGAGUCCUGCAGUGAGAGUGGCGACAGCAGAGACAGUGUCAACACCUCAGCCUCACGUCCCUUCCCCCCUCACUCCAUCCUGAAGAGGGAGAAGCGCCCGAGGACCAGACGCGUGCGCUUCCACAACGUGACGGUGUACUACUUCAGCCGGAGGCAGGGCUUCACCAGCGUGCCCAGCCAGGGAGGCAGCACCCUGGGCAUGUCCAACAGGCACAGCUGGGUGAGGCAGUACUCCCUGGGGGAGUUUGCCCUGGAGCAGGAGCGCAUCCACAGAGACAUGCUGAGGGAGCACCUGAAGGAGGAGAAGCUCAACUCCAUCAGGCUGAAGCUGACCAAGAACGGCACCAUGGAGUCGGAGGAGGCCAACGCCCUCACCGUGGACGACAUCUCGGACGACGACCUCGACGUGGACAACACGGAGGUGGACGAGUACUUCUUCCUGCAGCCGCUGACCACCAAGAAGAGGCGUUCGCUGCUGCGCUCGUCGGGCGUGAAGAAGCUGGACGUGGAGGAGAAGCACGAGCUGCGGGACAUCCGCGUGUCCAGGGAGGACUGCGGCUGCGACUGCAGGGUGUUCUGUGACCCGGAGACAUGCGCCUGCAGCAUGGCAGGGAUCAAGUGUCAGGUGGACCGCAUGUCGUUUCCGUGUGGCUGUACGAAGGAGGGGUGCAGCAACGGGGCGGGCAGGGUGGAGUUCAACCCCAUCCGCGUGCGAACCCACUUCCUGCACACCAUCAUGAAGCUGGAGCUGGAGAAGAGCCGGGAACAGCAGCAGGUUGCCCCCGCCAACGGUUACCAUGGCGAAGCCAACGGAAACGGCCUUGGCAACGGAAACCCCCUGGUCCAAUCCCAGCCCGGCCUGGACUACUCGCUGUUGGACCCCGUCCAGCAGACGGCCGUCAUGCACCUGCAGAACCCCGACGAGAUGGACGAGCCCCUGGAGGAUGAUGAGGAUGAAGACGAGGAUGAAGAUGAGGACAAUGAGGAGGACGAGGAGGACAGCAGCAGUGUCUGCAGCGGACUGUCCGACUCCAGUACUCAGAGCUUAGCCAACAGUGACUCGGAGGACGAGGACGAAGAGGACGAAGACGAUGAAGACGAUGAAGAUAAGGCUGAGGACUUUGAGAAUGGCGGGACCGGUCCGCCUGUGUCCCUCUCUGACUCCGCCCCCCUGUCCUCUGUCCUGUUCUACACCGAGGGCUCCGUCACUCACGACGACCACGUCAACGGAACCUCCUACCUGCUCAGUUCCCCAGCAGAGUACUACCAGCUGAAGAGCUCCAGUGCCGUCUCUGCCAACAUGGCGUCCAGCCGGCCCAGCCAGGGCUAUGGAGAAGCCUUAUCAUUCCAAGACACAGUCACCGCCCCCAAUGGGAACAUGCCUCAAGGACCGUUCAGUAUGGCUCCAGACCAGUACACAGACUACCCCAGCCAGGCAGACGAACAGUACACAGCAAGCCACCGUUUCUCUCUCACCAGCGGUGAGUCGGUAACCCCGGUAACCCUGGUAACCCCAGCAGUCUGCUGCUCACCAGAGCAGGAAGCCGGUGUUCUGUCCAAAGCCCCCCCCCUCCAGGAGCCUCCGCAGCCCUCGAGCCAGACGGACUUCCUGAACAACAACAACUCCCAAGGCAGCAGCGGGACGUGUUCACCCGCCAAGCAGCCACAGGAAGGGUCUGGUGUUAGUGGCGUGUUGUCUGAACAGCGCUCUCUAGCAGACACCAAGGACCUUGUGCUGCCAGAGCAGUGCCCUGAGGUAGCAGCCGUUUAACAUGCCUGUCUGGCCAGGUGUCUUUACAUUCAUGGUUGUUUUCCUUCAGGAAGACACUCUGACCAACUGAAACUGGGCAGGAAGUCAGUCAUGGCCUUUUAUUUGACCCUAAAAUGUUGAAGAAAUUCAAGACUGUGAAAAAGGAUGUUUUGAUUUUGAAUUGAUUUAGCUGCAGGUCUAUGAGGGGAAGCCUGUUAUUGGUCUCCCUGGUGAUCUGAACUGGACGAUGAAAGCAGUCAACUAGACUAAACAUUAAUGCUCUUAGCCUGUGCAAUGUAUCUUGUAACUUCAGAAGUUCUAGUUUUAAGCCAAUAUUGUCAAUGGAACUUUUCUAUGUCUUAUGUGUCAAACGUGCAGAAAAAAAGGUUUCUUGUCACAGUUUAUUUAUUGGUUCUGGAGUAUAUGUAUACUGUACUUAUAUUAAUGUUUUGAUAAUGAUAAGCAUGCUACUUUGGAGAUAUCAGCAGCGUUUAUGAGAAACUGGCUAUGGGUUUAUAAAGACAUCCAUGUAUGGUACUGUACUUUACAAAUGUUCUUUUUGUUUUGUCACUUGUAAUCCAUGCUUUUCUUAGUUUAGUUUGUAAAAGCAUGAAAAAUACUCAGUGGCUUGUAACUGGAUUCAAGGCAUUACAUUGCCAAGAGCAUAUCUUUAUUGGAGGCAUUUGAAAAAGUCAGAUCUUUGCACUUUCAGACAGGGGUCCAGUGCCAUGCAAUCCUGUUAAUGACACAUACUUGAACAUUGAUAUGAUGUUGCUCAAAAUGAAAAAUAUGUCCUCUCUUAUCUUUGUUCACAUACUUAGUAGUUUUGAUAUUUAUCUCUAGAAUAUCAUUCAUGGGUGCUGAAAAUUACAAGGAUGCCACUAUAAAUAAUGUAUUUAUUAAUCAUCAUUAAAUUAUUUUGACGGUCUAUACAGGGAUUCACUGAUGUAGCACUUUGCCAUAAUUUCAAUAUCAAGUACCCAACCAUAACAUUGACAGGCUAAUGUUUACAUUUUACAU